UUGCACGCCCAAAAGUUAAAAUGUGUGAUGAUGUCCCAGAUAAUUGGCAUAUAGGGGAGAAGUGCCUUGCCCCUUGUCUUGAAAAUGGGAAACUUCAUGAAGGAACAAUAUCCUCUAUUGAAAAGGACAAGAAUGGAAAAUCAUUUGCUGUUGUAUCAUUCUUGGAGUCCGAAGAAAGGAAAAUACUAAUAACUAAACUUUGUAGAGUCAAAGCCAGUAGAGGACCCUGGAAAAGCUUAAUAUUUGAUGAUGGUGAUCUGGAAAAGCCUUAUUUUCCUGACCGAAAUCUUCCGUCUCCUGCAGUUGCUUUUAAAUUAUCUGACAAUGGUGAUUUUAUCCCAUAUACAAUUAACAGAUAUCUGCGUGAUUAUCAAAGGGAAGGAGCCCAAUUUCUGUAUGGACACUAUGCUAAUAGAAGGGGGUGUAUUCUUGGAGAUGAUAUGGGCCUUGGAAAGACAAUACAGGUCAUUUCGUUUUUGGCUGCAGUGUUGCACAAAAAGGGAACACGUGAAGAUAUUGAAAAUAAUAUGCCAGAAUUUUUACUGAGGACAAUGAAAAAAGAAUCAAAGUGUAACCCCAAGAAGACUUUCCUCAUAGUGGCCCCUCUUUCAGUGCUGUACAACUGGAAGGAUGAGUUAGACACAUGGGGGUACUUUAAGGUCUCUGUCUUACAUGGCAGUAAAAAGGAUGAUGACCUGAGUCGCAUCAAGCAAGGAAAAUGUGAAGUUGCCCUUACAACGUAUGAGACAGUUCGCCUGUAUUUGGAUGAAUUUAACAGUGUAGAAUGGUCUGCUGUGAUAGUAGACGAAGCACAUAGAAUCAAGAAUCCAAAGGCUCAAAUAACUCAAACCAUGAAGUCAUUAAAGUGCAGUGUUCGCAUAGGUCUUACUGGAACCAUUCUUCAAAACAAUAUGAAGGAACUUUGGUGUGUUAUGGACUGGGCUGUACCAGGACUUUUGGGUAGCAGACUACAUUUCAAGAAGAAAUUUUCUGAUCCAGUGGAGCAUGGCCAGAGGCACACUGCAACUAAAAGAGAGCUAGCAACAGGUCGUAAGGCCAUGGUGAAGCUAGCAAGAAAAAUGUCUGGCUGGUUUCUGAGACGUACCAAAGCGCUUAUCAGUGAUCAGUUGCCAAAAAAGGAAGACAGAAUGGUAUACUGUUCCCUGACCGAAUUCCAGAAAGCGGUGUACCAGGCUGUGCUAGAGACAGAGGAUGUAAGCUUAGUAUUACGAGCAGGAGAGCCCUGUAGCUGCAAGAGUGGCCGUAAAAGGAAGAACUGUUGUUACAAAGUAAAUGCUCAUGGUGAAACAAUUAAGUCACUGCGCUUCAGUUACCUGACAAUCCUACAGAAGGUUGCAAAUCAUGCUGCGCUGCUGCAGACGGACAACAGUAGCAAGCAGCAGGAAGCACAUAUCAAACGGGUGUGCAGCCAGGUAUUUUCCAGUUUUCCAGAUUUUGUGCAGUUAAGCAAAGAUGCAGCCUUUGAGACAAUUUCGGAUCCAAAGUACAGUGGAAAAAUGAAGGUCCUUCAGCAGCUUUUAAAUCACUUCAGAAAAAACAAGGAUAAAGUUCUUCUUUUCUCCUUUUCCACAAAGUUGCUAGAUGUGCUGGAACAAUACUGUAUGGCAUCUGGGCUAGAUUACCGAAGACUUGAUGGAAAUACAAAAUCAGAAGAUAGGAUCAGAAUUGUAAGAGAGUUCAACAGCAUUCAAGAAAUUAACAUAUGUCUUGUAUCUACAAUGGCUGGUGGACUGGGUCUUAAUUUUGUUGGUGCCAAUGUUGUAAUACUGUUUGAUCCUACAUGGAACCCAGCAAAUGAUCUUCAAGCUAUUGACAGAGCUUAUAGGAUUGGCCAAUACAAAGAUGUUAAAGUGUUUAGAUUGAUAUCCCUGGGAACUGUGGAGGAGAUGAUGUACUUGCGACAAGUUUAUAAACAGCAACUUCACUGUGUGGUGGUUGGAAGUGAAAAUGCCAAGCGGUAUUUCGAGGCAGUGCAAGGAUCAAAGGAACAUCAAGGAGAGCUUUUCGGGAUCCAUAACCUUUUCAAACUCAGGACUCAUGGGUCCUGUCUUACCAAAGACAUCCUGGAGAGGGAAGGGCGAGUAGAAGCAGGAGUCAUGACGGCAACUACAUGGCUAAAGGAGGAGAGUCCUCCAUGCGGCUCAGAAAAGUAUGAAGAACCAGACUGUAAAGAAGAUAGAGAUCCUGGAAGCAUUCAAGCACAAUUAAAGAGUGAAGAAAGGAAUUUUUGUGAUGACUUUAGUGAUGAUGAUAUUCUGGAAACUUCUGUGAAAAAAUGUGGCAGAAGGAAGCCUUGCAAUGCAAAUAAUUUAAUGGUAGCAAAGGGACAGCUUUCCUUAAUGCAGUGUGGAUUCGCUAAAUUGUUGCAGAGAGAAAUCGAAACUACCAAAGAGUGUAAUAAUUAUAACUUUCAUCAUUCAAAUUCUGAUGAGACUGUAAGAACAAAUGUAAAUAGCAAGCAUAGUGAUGUUCAGAAAUGUCAAAGCCAUGUGCAUGUUUUGGAGCAUAGGAAAGCUGCUCAGUCGCCGGAUGGAACUGAUAAACAAGAUAUGCGUAGUACAGACUGGCUUGUUUUGUCAGGCUCUGAGGAGGAAGGGGAUAGAGAAGGUGAGGAUCGAUGCAUUUCAAAGCAAAGUGAUGUCGUCAAUGAAACUGAAUGGAGUUCUGAAGAGAAUGAUGAUGUCAUCUUUCCUACCCAAGUUCCAGCAUACCAGCAACCAAUGCUUACUAAAAAAGUUGAAAUUUACAGGUCAGCAUCUGAAAAGUGUGAAGAGUUAGCAAAAGAAAAAGAUGAGUUGGUACGUAAGGGAGACAGUAGGCAACUUGGAUUCCAUAGUACAGAGUCAAAUUUCAGCAAAGUCAUGUCUUUUGAAGACAUCAAGAACAGCACAAAAGAUUUGAAAGGGGCAAGUGACAUAAGUGAUGAGUCUGAUGAUAUUGAAAUUUCCCAUAAUUCUGAAUCAAGAAAGUUAAGAACUUUAAGCUUUCCGAAAUGGGAGGAAAGACAUGCCCAUAAAUAUGGACCAGGUAGCUUCUCCAAAUCUCUGCUACAAUCAAAGAAGCCCAAUAGAAAAGAAAAGGAAAGUGAUUCUCAGAAUAUAGAUGAAUUUUCAUCCUCUGAAGAUAACUUACCAGUUGAGAAAAUUCAUGCCAGAAAGCAAAGCUCUAAGUGUAAAAGACAGAGAGGCAGAGUUCAGUUUGGGUCUAAAAUGCUUUAUCCUAUUCAAGAUACCUCUGUUGCACAAAUGAAGUCUAGCGAUUAUGCUGUGCGUAGAACUUCUGCAAGUAAAACUGAAUUUGAACAUCAAGAGCAGAAGGUGGAAUCAAUGGACAGAUAUUUAGAUGGCGUUCAAGAAGUGGCAUAUAUUCAUUCAAAUCAGAAUGUGGUUGGAUCCAGCAAGGCCGAGAAUCGCUUGAGCCGGUGGGCAGUGCGAGACGUAUUUGAGUUGAAGCAGUUUUCCCAGCUCCCUGCUAAUGUAGCAGUCUGUAGUGCCAAGGUUCCAUAACAGUCCUGGUACAUGGCUUCAAGACUGCUGCAGAGCCUUUGACUCUUCUUUCUCCCGAGGUGGUAGGGG